CCUAUAGAUAGAAAUGAGCAAACCAGUGAUAUUUUAGGGAGCAGGCGGGGCCUAUUACUUACAUAAUAGGAGCCUACACAACACAAAACACUUGCUGUAUGUAGGUUUUAUUUUAUUUUUUAUCUUAUAUUUUUGAAAUGCACAUCUAGGGGUUUUUUUUUCCUUUAAUUUUUUUUCGGCCCCCCAAGAAAGUGGGGCCCUAAGCUAUAGCUUGUUUAGCUUAUACGUAAAUCCGGCACUUAUCCUUAACUACAAGACCACCACAUAUGAUAAAAACCGGUAGUUCUGUCCCUAUAAUCCACAAAAGAAAGCAGCUCUGCUUUCCCAGAGGACUUAAGUUUUUGGCAGGCGAGGAAUCCUUCAGAGAAAAGACGGGCGAAACCCCGUCCAUGAAAGUUCCCCACCUCAUAUAUACACUCUUGAAACCCUGAACAAAAAUCAAAAAUAAAGAUUUGGUGGCUGCUGUUUAUCAGUCGGCUACCCCAACACACGCUUCCCUACGAGUAAGCAAGCCAUUCCCGCAGCCCAGCCCCUUUGCCAGGGAGGCUGGGCCCGAGCCCCGCCGCUGAGGGAAGAGCCACCCCUAUCCCCGCCCACGGGCCGCCUCUCCGCCGCCUCAGCCCAGUUCCGCCUCGGAAGCGAAGGCCGUCCUCCAGCCCAUCUUCCCUCCGCCGUUUCGCCUCUGGGACAUGGGCCUGGGCCGGGUCGAAGGGAGGAGGGAGAGGUGGUGGCGACGGCUGCUGCUGCUGCUGCUGCGAGACCCCCGAAGCUCAGGUGAGUGCGCUGGAGCCGAGAGGGCCGGGAAAGGCCUCUGUGAGGCGGAGAAGGGAGAGGCGGAGCGGCCUGCCCUCUUUUACCUCAGGAAGGACCCCGGGGUGGGCAAGCUGGUAUGGAGCCUGGAGAACGAGGCUUACGGGGGGGGGGGGGGAAGGGUUCGGAGGGGAGACCUGACACGCGUCUGUGGGGCUCGGCUCACACGAGACGGCGGGGUCCGUGUUGGCCGUGGAGGGGCCCUUCUGUGGGCCCGCAAGGAGGAGCCCGGGGUGGCGGCGUUGGGGAGACUCGGGUUGUGAGGUGGGAAUGGGCGGAGGCCGCGAGAUGACGGGAGGCAUAAGGAAUAAGGAAUUGAGAGAAAGUCCAUACCGAGCAGAAAAAGGGGAAAUGAAGGGGGGAACCGCGGGAGUCAUCUCUCCCCCCCCCCAACGGUGUCCAUUAAAAUGUCACCUUGGUGAGUGACCUGGGAGGUUGCAUUCACACGUUACUCGAGUUUAAAACAUCCCCCCCCCCGGCGUGAUCAGCAGGGAACCGCAGCCAAUCCUGACGCUUUUCCUGGAGCCUUUAUGUGACAGGCGUGUUUUCAAAUGCUGGUUUGGCCCAUCCACGCUGUAUAUAUGCCCUUCUAAGCAUAUGCUUAAACAGAAAUGGGUGUACACAUAAUAAUAAUAAUAACAAUAGUAGUAGUAAUAGUAGUAGUAGUAAUAAUAAUAUUUAUUUAUACAUACAUACAUACCUCUCCCCAUCUGGCUGGGUUUCCCCAGCCACUCUGGGCGGCUCCCAACAAAAUAUUAAAAACACAAUAAAACAUCAAACAAGGCCAGUAGGAAGCUUGCAAAACAUCAUUGGGGUGACUUUACCCAUGAUGAAAUUCACACAUGGAGUAUCUGACCUGUAGGUGAGUGUGUGUCACGUUCCAGUGUUUGGCUCCUCUUCCUCUUUACAUGCAUUUGUAGUGAUGCAGAAUUGUCUUACACGAGUAAUGGAAAUUCAUGUGCGGAAGUAGUUCUGUGAAGUAAGCGUUGUGUGCUCACAGUUUUAACUUGCGUCUUUGUGGAUUUACAGUGAGUAAUGCCUCCCAAACCUUUCCAUGCGUUGAGACUGAAUUUAAGCAGAAGCCAACACCAUUGAAUGAUCGCGCCAAUAAGUUGUGCCAAGAGGGAGCGUUCUUGGGAUGUCCGUACAUGUUCUAGGAGCACGAGAACAUACAGCAGAUCUUUCCAUACUUUAUGUCACGACAUGUUAAGUAUGUCAGCUGCCAUGUGUAGCUGUGUCGUGUGAAUGCUUCCUGUGCUCCUCCUGGGCCUGGAAAAGGGGUAGUUUAACCUCUGAUUUGCUAGUAAAAUGGGAUGGGGUGGCGCUGUGGUCUAAACCACAGAGCCUAGGGCUUGCCGAUCAGAAGGUCAGCAGUUCGAAUCCCCACAAUGGGGUGAGCUCCCAUUGCUCGGUCCCUGCUCCUGCCCACCUAGCAGUUCGAAAGGAUGUCAAGUGCAAGUAGAUAAAUAGGUGCUCCGGCGGGAAGGUAAACGGCGUUUCCGUGCGCUGCUCUGGUUUGCCAGAAGCGGCUUAGUCAUGCUGGCCACAUGACCUGGAAGCUGUACGCCGGCUCCCUCGGCCAAUAAAGCGAGAUGAGCGCCGCAACCCCAGAGUCGGUCACGACUGGACCUAAUGGUCAGGGGUCCCUUUACCUUGCUAGUAAAACUGAAUUACUGUGUCACGAAAUGAUGUAUUUCUAAAAAGUGUGUCACCAACAUGAAAAGUUUGGAAAGCUCUGACAUACAGGUUCUAGGAGCAUGACUACAUGGUGGUGUCUUCACAUGGGAGACUCCAGGCAGUGAAGUUAUAGGAAUAUCAUGGACUUUAAAACAUAUAUAGCAGCAACUGUGUAAAUACCGAAGGAUAAAGUAGCCAGGAGAAAGAUGGAUGUUGAAUUCAUAAUAUUUAUACUCUGCCAGAGCCGAUUGUUGACUGGUUGAUACCCUACCUACCUUGUUUACUGUCUGAUUAUGUUCGUGGCUGGCUAUAGUAGAGGUAUUGGUUUUGCCAGCUGACUCUUCCUCAGUCUUAUGACACAGUAUAUAUGUGGGGAAUGUAGGAAGUGUAUCCUUGUUUCCUCUUCCUGCGCUUAUGUGUUAAUGACAGUUCAUGUGUAAAUGCAAGCAAUAAAGGGUAAGAACAUUGUAGUACUGCUUAUUACUUUUAACACCAGCUUCUACACACUUGAAGGAAAGGGCAUAAUGAAGGAAGGCCAAUUGAGAGUAUAUGGGUAAAAACUGUAGGAAAGGGAAGCAACAGUGACCUUACUGUGGCUGUUUGCUAUAGACUUCCAAGCCAGACUGAAGAUUUGGGUGAUGCCUUCCUACAGCAUAUUACCAGACAUUCAACUACCCCAAUAUCUAUGGGAACUCAAACUCUGCCAAGAACGUAAUGUCCAACAAAUUCCUCAAUUGCCUUGCUGACAAUUCAUUUACCAGAAGGUGGAAGAAGCAACAACUUGGACCUGGUCCUCACUAACAGGGAGGAACUGACUUAAAGUGGAAGUACUGGGAAACUUGGGAGGAAGUGAUCAUGGCCCCCUUCUAUUUAUGAAAUAGAACCAAGGGAAAGCUGGGUGUAAUUGUAAAAACACUCUGGAUUUUAAGAAGACUGAUUUCAAAAUACUUAAGGAACUAAGUGAUAUCAUGGUCAGAAAUACUCAAAGGGAAGGGACUCCAAAAUGGAUGGGCGUUUCUCUAAGAUGAUACAUUGAAGUCACAUAGGCAGACAAUUCCAACAAAAAAGAAAAGUUGGAGGCAUCUAAGGAAACCGGUGUGGCUGCAUAAGGAGCUUACAGAUGACCUGAGAUUUAAGAAGGGCAUGUAUAAGAAAUGGAAGAAAGGGGAAAUCACGAAGGAAGAGUAUACCUGUGUAGCCAACAGUUGCAGGGCGAAUGACAGGUGGACCAGGCUUACAAGAGAAGUUAAAAAUGUUUUUUAAAGCUUUCUUUGGCUAUGUUCAAAGCAGGAGGAAGAACAAGCAAGUAGUAGGUCCUGUGUGUGGAGAAGAUGGAGAAAUGCUGUUUGGGGACAGAGAAGGAAGAACUGCUCAACACCUACUUUGCCUCUUCACCCAAAAGGAAAGCAGUGCCCAACCUGGUGAUAACAGAAUAAAUGAUUUAAGGAGGGAGCUGCAGCUCAAUGUAAGAAAAGAGGUGCUAAGGGAACACUUAGCUACUUUAAAUGAAUUCAGAUCUCCAGGGCCUGGUAUGCUGCACCCAAGGGUACUAAAGGAGCUUGUGGAUAUAAUCCCAGAGCCUCUGUUUAUAAUGCUUUAGAAUUUUUGGAGAACAGGUGGACUGGAGGCAAGCAAAUGUCCCCAUCUUCAAAAAAAGGGGGGGAAGAAGACCCAGGUAACUACUGACUGAUCACCUGAGCUUUACAUCAAUACCAGGUAAGGUCCUAGAACAGAUAAUUCAACAGAGCACUUAGAAAAGGAUGCUGUGAUUACUAAAACCCAGCAAGGGUUUCUCAAAAAUAAGUCAUGCCAGACAAAUCUCAUUUCUUUUCCUUUUUUCCUUUUGGAUAGAGUUACAAGCUUGGUGGAUCAGGGGAAUGCUGUAGACUUCAUGUAUGUUGGUUUCAAUAAGGCUUUUGACAAAGUCCCAUGAUAUUCUCGUGGAGAAGCUGGCAAAAUGUGGGCUGGACAAGGUAACUAUUAGGUGGAUUUGUAGCUGGUUGACUGACCUAACCCAGACAGUGCUCACUACUACAGUAGUUCCUCAUCAUCCUGGAAAAAAGUGACAAGUGCUGUACCACACAGUUCUGUCCUGGGCCUGUUGUUGUUCAACAUCUUUAUAAAUGACUUGGAUGAAGGAAUUGAGAGGAUGCUCAUCAAAUUUGUGGAAGACACCAAGCUGGGAGGGGUAGCUAGUGCAGCAGAAGACAGAGCUGGGAUUCAGUAUAACAGAUUGGAGAACUGGGCCAAAACGAAUAAAAUAGGGAUAAAUGUCUGGUUCUGCGCUUGGGCAGGAAGAACCUGCUACACCAAUAUAAGAUGAGGGACGCUUGGAUUGCCAGUAGUACAUCUGAAAAGGAUUUAGGGGAUUUAGGCCAUAAGGUUAGGAUGAGUCAACAGUGUGAUACGGCAGCAGAAAAUCUAAUGCUAUUCUAGACUGCAUCAACAGAAAUAUAGUGUCCUGAUCAAGGGAAGCAACAGUCCCGCUUUAUUCGUCCUUGGUCAGACCACACCCGGAAUACCACAUCCAGUUCUGGGUGCCACACUUUAAGAAGAAUAUUGACAAGCUGGAACAUGUGCAGAGAGGGCAACCAAGAUGAUCAAGGAAAAACCAAGCCUUAUGAGGAACAGUUGAGGGAAUUGGGUAUGCUUAGCCUGGAAAAGAGGGGACUGAGAGGACAUAUGAUAGCCAUCUUCAAAGAUCUAAAGGACUGACAAAUGGAAGAUGGAGCAAGUUUUUUUUUCUCCUGCACCGGGGAGUAGCUCUCAAACUAAUGGCUUGUAAGUUACAAGAAAGGAGAAGAAGAAGAAGAAGAAAAGUUUGGAUUUGAUAUCCCGCCUUUCACUCCAUUUAAGGAGUCUCAAAGCGGCUAACAUUCUCCUUUCCCUUCCUCCCCCACAACAAACACUCUGUGAGCUGAGUGGGGCUGAGAGACUUCAAAGAAGUGUGACUGGCCCAAGGUCACCCAGCAGCUGCAGGUGGAGGAGCAGAGACGCGAAUCCGGUUCCCCAGAUUACGAGACUACCACUCUUAACCACUACACCACACUGGCUGAAGGACAUUCUGACUGAACAUCAGGAAGAACUUUCUGAUGGUAAGAACAAUUCAACAGCGGAAUCAACUACCUCAGAAGGUUGUACUUUCUCCUUCCUUGGAGGUUUUUAAGCAGAGGUUGGAUGGCCAUCUGUCAUGGAUGCUUUAGUUGAGAUUCCUGCAUUGCAGAGAGUUGGACUAGAUGACCCUUGGAAUCCCUCCCAACUCCACAAUUCUGUGAUAUGUGUUUUGCAAAUACAGUGGUACUUCUGGUUACGAAUGAAAUCCAUUCCGGAGGUCCGUUUGUAACCGGAAACUACCCAUUACCUGAGGCGCCAUUAGCGAAAGUGCGCCUCCCACUGCGCGUGCACCUCCGGCAUGCAGUUUCCACUCGCAUCCCGGGGCAAAGUUUGCAACCAGGAGCAGCUACUUCCGGGUUACUGGAGCUCAUAACCCACAGCCUGCGCAACCAGAGGUGUGCGCAACUAGAGGUACCACUGUAUGAACAAUUACUGAGACCCAGUUCAUGGUACUUGUGUGAUGAUAGUUACUUAAAACAGGCUAUGAUCAGGUUGCCACAUAAUAUUGGUGUAGUCAGUGGAAGUAAUCAUAUGGUCCAGAUACUAAAACAACCUAAAACAAAAGUUACUGGAAUACUAAUGGAAUGUAAUUAGUAUAUACUUAUUAAAUCAAAUGAAAACAAAAAGUUUAUUUAAGUGCAUGACUUCAUCUUGCUCUCACAUGAAGUAAAUUGAUAAUUUAAAAGGGGGAAGUUAAACACAAAAUAUAUGUUUCCCCAAUUCAGCCAUACGUGCAGAUGUUCAAAUGCAACUGUUGUCUAUAUUUUGGGGGGGGAAAUAUUUAUGAUAUUACCAAUGUCUUCAUUUAAAGUCUUUUCCCAUGACCACUGGGUGCACGGUCGCCAUGGGAAUUGUUUUCAUAUGCCUGUUAUCUGCGCAACAGUGAGCAAGCUAAGCUAGCUGUAUUUUGAUGACUCUGCAGAUGUUAAUAGCCUUUAGUAAUAGUAAUGUUAUAAGAGUUAUUUCUCUCUGUUUGGAUAAUACCUACUGCAAUACUGCAUUUAAUCUCAGCAAAACCUAAUCACAAUGUGCUGCUUAGGUGGUGGAGAAAAAAUAAUGACAUGACGUGUUGAACCUUGAAGUUAUAUUUAGAAAAGGCUUCAAGUUUCCAGGAUAUGAAGUCUUUGUUAUUGGUAAUCCACAGUGUGGGAGAAAAAACAGCUAAGAUUACCUGCUUGAGACUAAUUGAACAAGGUACAUAUGUAUACUACUGGAUGGAGUGAAAAUGGAAUAUGUCUUCAUACUGAGGGUUGUAGAAAAGAGCUUGUUGCCAGUAUUUUCUGCUAUUCCUUUUUGUGUGUGUAUCUGAGUACAUUUUCUAACAGAUAAUUUUGCACCACAUCAAAUGCAUGCCUGGAAGCUGAAACUGAUAACCUGGUGGUUUUUGAGAAAGCAGUAGGGUUGAAUAGAGUUCUAUUCAGUGAGGUUUUUUUCAGGGGGUCUCAAUUACCCUGGAGUACCAACACCUCUUUUUCUAGUGGAAAAAGCCCUAGUGUUUUACCUGAGCUGUUUCAAAAGUCGUUUCACGCUUGUGUUCCGUGUUUUUAAAGUUUCUGUAGGCAAACAUUCAUAAAAUGGUCAAAGAAUGUGUUUUUGUUUUUAUUUUUUGUUUUUAUUUUUAUGUUUUAUUUUGUGAUUAUUUUUUUCAGGAAACAGCCAGGGUUGCUGAGUAAUUCAAAGACCUAUAACAUCCCUUUGAAGCCUUUAGCAUCCUCCUGAGGAGACAUAUCUUUAUACUAACAUGCCUGCUGUGGCAUCUGUACCUAAAGACCUAUACCUCUGCACUUCAUUGAAAGAUCUUAACAAAAAGACAGAAGUAAAAGCUGAUAAAACAAGUACUAAGAGGUAUGGAUAUUUGCUUAGUUGACUUAGUCUUCAUCUUGUUGCUUGGAAUUAAUGGAAAAUAUGUUCUAAUAGAUAUUGUGCUCCAUACACAUAGCUAAAACAACAUUCACACUUUAAAAGAGUGCUGUAUCAUUCACUUUCCUGGUUGUAAAGUUCCAGGAGGUGAGUUAAUGUUUAAGGAAGCUGAGCACUUUUUGCAGAAAAUAAUUUAAAGGUAGAUCAUAAAAUAACACUGACUUGUCUUUUGAGAAAGAAAAUUGCUUGUUCAUACAUUUGUUCUUUAAAGCAGCUUAUCAUUGUAGGUAGAAGUUCUGCUUUUAUGUAGUCUGCAUUCAUGACAUUCCAGUAACUUUUGUGAUUUUGAAUUCUUUGCCUCCAUUUCAAGUUAUGUACAGAGUGCCCUCAAGAUCUUCAAAGCAGCUGAGGAGUGCCGGUUGGACAGAGAUGAAGAGAAAGCCUAUGUACUUUACAUGAAGUAUGUGACUGUGUAUAAUCUUAUUAAGAAGAGGACAGAUUUCAAACAGCAACAAGUAGGUAUCCAGUUAUGAGUAGUUUUAUGUAUAUUUUGAUGUAAAGUUAAAUAUUGCAUCUGAAAAUUCAAGGUAAUAAACCACUGAUUGGAGAAAGUGAAACACUUCUAUCAGGUUACAGAUAGGUAGCCGUGUUGGUCUGCCAUAGUCAAAAUAAAAAAAAUCCUUCCAGUAGCACCUUUAAGACCAACUAAGUUAGUUCUUGGUAUGAGCUUUCGUGUGCAAGCACACUUCUUCAGAUACACACACUUCUAUCAGGGACACCAUAGGCGAAAAUUUGCAUUGGGCACUAGGCACCAAAGCGCAUGGCAGUAAUCCACUAUUGUGAUGGACAGUGGAGGUGCAGUUGUCUCUGCUCCUUCGCUCUGUAAGAUCUGUAAAUUCAGAAUAAUGCCAGAAAUGAGACAACUACUCAUUUCCCGUAAGUUCAGAACUGGAAGCUCAAGAGGGAGAGCAACCGCUCAUUGCAAUCUCCAUUUGAAACUGUCAAUUAUUCAUCUAUGACAUAGUGCCAGAAAGAUCAUGACUAAUGGAUUUUUUCUGUAUACAUUGGGCAAUGGUACACUGCUUGAAAUGGUUUUAUGCUUCUUGUAAUUUCAGGAUUACUUUCAUUCAAUGCUUGGACCUACAAACAUAAAAAAGGCUAUUGAAGAAGCUGAAAGACUUUCAGAAAGCCUUAAACUCAGGUAUGCUUAAAGAGCAUUAAAUGUUAAUACGUGUGCUUGGUUUUUUGUUAUCCUCUACCGUAUUUUUCCUUAUUAAGCACAGAGAAGCAUUCCUCCUGCAACAUUUUCAAUUAACUGAGAGUUCAGUAAGAGGCUAAAAAUGUUUCGGCAUAGAGUACCUAUGUAAGUGAACGAGAGAACGAUUGCAGUGGAACUUGAAUCUCCUGUUAUCUUUAUAAAUGACAGUGCUGCAUUCAUGGCUAGCUAUAGUGUUAGCCCUUGGCUUUUAGACACGUAGCAGAAACUUGGAGUCCUAGACCACCUCAUUCAGGAUGAUAUUCCCAAACACUCUCUCUCUCUCUCUCUCUCUCUCUCUCUCUCUCUCUCUCUCCCCCUCUCCAAUUGGGGAAGAUUGGGGAAGUUAGAAUAAUCAGCAGCAGUUCAUCACAAUAAUAAUGAAAGCAUGAGCAGCAGCAAUUGAUAUAAAGCCAUAUCCAAUAUUAAACAAAUCCAAAAGGACUCUGGAACAUGACAGUCUUGGCCAGUUGCCUUAAAAAUAACAGGAAGGAAGGGAGAUGUGCAUCCCUAGAGGAGUGGCUUAACAAUGUUGCUGCUGCAGUUGAAAACAUCCUGAUCUGUGUGGCCAACCAUUGUAAUUCAGACAUAGGGGGCACACAGAGGAAGACCUAUGAGGAAGAUCUUAAAUGUGCAAAUGAGAAGUAUCCAGGCUCAUAUUAUUUAGCACUUUUAGCAGGCUUGCCAUAAAAACAUAAGAAGCUGCCUUUACACAAGAAUCAAACCAUUACCCAUCUCGCUAAGUAUUUUUGACUGGCAGCAGCUCUCCAAUCAAAUCUUUCUCACCUAGAUAUGGCAUAGAUUGAAUCUGGGGCCUUCUAGAUGCAAAGCAUGUGUUCUACCACUAAGCUGCAGCUCAUAUCAAACUAUUGGCUACUUCUGUUUCAUUUUGUCUCAAUAAUUCUAUUAUCCUUUAACACAACUAUAACCUUGUAAUAGUGCAUUUUUCCUUAUUUUUGUAAAUAUGAUGAAAAUGUGACCUGAUAUGUGUAGGAAAACACAUGUAGCUUCUUAUGUUCCCCACACAAUUUUGUAGGAGAGCUAUGGCAUUUCAUCUGGGCCUUUGAUAGUGUGGUGCUUUUCCUUAAGAAAUCUUUUAAAUAAUAUUUCCUGUUUUCCAGACCCCCGAAUGUAGUGGCAUAACUACCAUCCAGUGCACAGAUAUCAGUCAGGCGUCCUCCACUCCUCCAAUGAAACAAUGUGCCCUUGUUUUUCAAGGGCAACAGUACGAUAAAGUAUUUGGAAUGCUCCCAAGAUAUUCAUGAAUUAAAUACUUUGGGAAUAAUCCAGAUUCUUUCUUCGACGCUUCUACAACAGUCUCCAAGUCAAGCUCUAGUAGUAGCAUGUUUUGUUUUUUCUGUUCUCCUGUGGUACAAGAGCAGUUAAUAACUGAAUUUAGAAAUUAAUUAAUGUGCAGGUGGUGAUUAAAUGGUAUCUAUAAGAAGGGGGAAGAGUGGUUGACUUCUGCCUUGAUGAAACCAGAUGAAAUCUUUUAUCUGACUUCCUUUAAAUAAAAAAAUUAGAAUUUUCAUCACUCAGACAUCAGUUUCUGAAGUCUUCUUUUAGAAUUUAGUAUGCUAUUCUUGUUCUGUAGCCAAGUGAGAAUAUUAGUUAUAUUUGUUUACUCACCACAUUUGGAAUGCUCACAUACAUACGCUGUUCUGACAAACCAUCCUAUAAACGGUGAUUAUGUGUUUGUUUAAUAUAUUUAAAACAAUAGAGAUCUUACAUUUUUGUCAACUUCGGAAUAGUACUUGCUCUGCAUUUCUAGUAAAAUAUUAAGGCUUCAAAUCCAUUCUUGCGUCCAUCAGAGUAAGCAGCAUUUAAAGGAUGCAUGAUGUUUCAGGUCUAUUGUCCAGAAAAUCAAAUGGCAAUCAGAAGGUAAAGAUUUAAGGAUUAUCAGGCUUUGGCUGAUGUGUUUAGUGAGCACUUACAGUCUUCCCCACCUAGAGGCAGGCUCUGGUAGGUCUCAGCAGUGACUGGCUCCCAAGUCCUCCAGGAGAAUGGUUCACUUUUCCUUCUUUGGUAGAUGAAGAGAGCCAGUCACUGACCAGGAUCUUCAAAGGCUUGGUCAAAAGCGUGACUGAUGUCUCCUGGGAAAGAGGAUGAAGAACACAUGCAAGUUACGUAAUGAGUUUCCUGCCUAGGCUCGUUGGAGGCAUUAACCCAGCAAUGACUGGCUUUCUUCAUCCACCAGAGACUCGGGCAUCUUAACAGUAAGUGCCAACAAAACAAUCUCUUGCAAUGAAAAAAGCAAAUUGUAAAUUGUAAUUCUUUUUUAAACUAGAUAUGAAGAAGCCGAAGUGCGGAAGAAACUGGAAGAAAAGGAAAGGCAAGAGGAGCAACAGUUGAAAAAGCAGGAAUUGAAAGAUGAUGCAAAAGUUUUAACCAAAACCUCUUCAGAAGAUUCAUCAGAUCCCAAAGGAAAAAAUCAAAUGGUAACUGGGACACUUAAUCCUUAAAAUGUUAUCUGUUGUAAACAUUUAAAAAACUAGUCUAGAAUAUUGGAGGUGGGGGGAGUUGGCUUAUAUCUGGCAGCACCUAAAAUCAGAUUAUUUAAGUGUGAAAACAAAACUUAGCAGUUACUUAGGGUUAAGUGUAUUGUUCAUUAAAUACAUUGUGCUUAAUAUUUCAUAUAUUCAACAGGCUUAUCCUGUUGAAUAGUUCUGAAGGUUGUCUAUUUUAAAUCCUAUUCAGGCCCUAUAAGGUCAUCACCAUUCUAGCUUGUAACUGCUAAACUGAGCAAUCUGAUGUGUGGCUCUCUGUUCAUAUUGCAAGCAUGUAUAUCAUUGGUUCUACCUUGAGCUGUGAAGUUGAGAUGGACCUUUAAUAGUGAAUUUCUUUAGAUUGAUGCUAAAGGCUGGAAAAUACCAUAUGAUCACCAAAUCCUAUCCCUGUUAAGGCACUUAAUUCAGAUAAUGGAUUUCUAGCAGCACGUAUACAUGCCUGGAGACCAGACGACUCCAGGCAACUAAAAAAGGGAGCUAGGUGAAAGCAAAAAUCCCCAGUCUGAAUUUCGGGGGGGAAUUCUUACUAACUUCAACUCUGGCAGAAGGCUACCUUGUACUAUGUUAUGAUUGGUCUGCAUAAAUCUAUGCAGCCACUUCUGUUUUGCCAUUUUGACAAGAGUGGUUGCUUCAGAAAGGCCUGGUUUAAUCACAGGUGUAAAUCCUGUUGAAUUUAAUAGGGCUUACAUUCAGGUAAGUGGGAACAGGACUGCAGCCUUACUGACUUCAGAAAGUUGUGUAUGUGUGAAUUAAGAAUAUAAAAACAGCUGCUUUUAAUGCAUUUUUAAUUGCUGAAAAUCCUUUUUUUUUUAAUGCUAACGUAAUAUAGAUCAAUGGUGAGAAGAAGAGUUCAACAGAAAUAAAGAAUCAACCUGAAACCGGUAAGUGACAUCUCUCCAUUAUCCUCAGUUCUGCUCUCCAUAGUAGAGACUACAAACAGAACAGGAAUUUAUCUGUAGAUCACUCUUGUCUAAAUGACUCAAAUAAGUUAAUUCAUAGGGACUACAAGAAAGGCAGCUAUUCCUCCUCACCAACUACUCCCAUUCAUGUGGGGCUGCCUAGAUAGACCUAGGAGGGAAUUCCUUUCUAUCACUAAGUAUGGAAUUUGACCCAGAGGUGAGAGCAAAAUAUAUCUGGUAAAUGCUCCCCAUGGUGAAGUGUCUGCCUGAAUGCUCCUCCCUAUCUGGAUUCAAGUAAUUUUCUAAGCAUUUGCAACGGAUACUUUACAUAAGAUCUGUAUGUGCUAUAUUCACCCUGUUCGCAUUUUGUGUUCUGGAGGGUAACGAUAAGAAGAUACUAUGAUUUGAAAAUGGGGCUAUAAUGCAUGGUUGUUCCUAACCAACCACCGAGAUCAGACGGAAUUGGUCAUGUUCAAGGUGGUAUGGCUGUAGGCAAUCCUAAGCAACGAGCUUGAAAGUUGUAAGAUACCACUCAGAAAUCUGUGCACCUACAUUCUGCAAUUUCUUUAUGGGCAUCUUCACCCAUUUUAACAACAGCUGUUCUCUGAAGGUGUGUGGGAGGCCACCAGUACAACCAGGAGUGAAGCCCUGCCCCCCUCAUAGGGAUAGGCAAGUCAUGUGACAAUAGGGAUGUAAAAAGGCUCUGCCUGCAGCUCUUUUGACUGCCUUGCUGGGAAUAGAUUUUUCUCAGCUCCUUCUUGUCUGGAUUUCCCUUGAUAUGAAAUAAGUGGCUUCACUAAGUGCAGUAAGUGAUUGCGGCCAACAGGGCAGCAAUGGUGGGGCUGUGUUGCUCUCCUGGCUAACACAAGGCAGCUCAUUGCUGUCACUUGCUAAGAGUGAGGGACAAGGCAGCGGAAAACCUGGCCUGGUGCAGGUGCAUUGGGGAAACCAAUCCAUAGAAUCAAAGAAUUGCAGAGUUGGAAGGGACCCCAAGGGUCAUCCAGUCCAACCCCCUGCAAUGUAAGAAUCUCAAGUAGAUUCUCAGCAUGACAGAUGCUCCCAAAACCAAUGCUUUUAAAGUUGCGCCCACAUCAUUAUUAUUAUUGUUGUUGUUGUUGUUAUUGCCAAGCUUCCUCAUGCAUUGCUUCCCUGGCAGCCCCUACUGGCAUUAUACUUGUUCACAAGCAUAUUUCAGUGAGAGCCAUCUCUUUAAAACAUUAAAGUUCUUUUUUUUAAAUAACUCUAUUAACAAGCGUUUGUAUUCUGAUCUAUCAGCUUUUUUUAAAAAAAAGUAAUUUCUCUCUCCCAAGGAACAAUCACAGCAGAGGAAUUGUUUAAAAUGAUGAUGGACAAAAGCAUUAAGUUGAUGAUAAUGGAUGCUCGGUGCUUGAAGGAUUACCAGGAGUCCUGCAUUGCAAACUCUGUCUGCGUUCCAGAAGAAGCUAUCAGUCCUGGGUAUGGAAUAAACUUUCUUAGCAGAGUCUUAAGACUGUGUACCGAUUAAGCGUUUACCAUUUAUCAGGAGUAGAAUGGAGAAAAUAUGGAACACCUGUUUGUCCAGCUACAAUAAAAGGCCUAAAGUACACACAGUAGUCUUGAUGACUACUUCUUUUUUGUAAAGGUGCUUAGUUGGUCUACGGAACUUUAGGACAUGGGAUAUGCUGAUGGUCCCUAGUUUAAUGGACCUUUAAAAGGGCUUAGCAAUAUUGACAGCACUUGUAUAAAAUGGUUGUGAGGCAAUACUCAGGCUUGGUCUUGGAACCUUAGGAGUAGAUAAUCGAGAAUGGUUGUAUCCAGUACAUAUUCCUAACCGGAGUAGACGCAUUGAGAUUAAUGGGCAUGACUAACUGAGGUCCAUUAAUUUCAGUGGGCCUACUCUGAGUAGGACCUAGCUGGUUACAGCCCUCUGUAAUAUACGGUACUAAGCAUGGUUGGAGCAAUAAUGCCGUGGUGACAGUGACUGUUGGCAAUAAGCUUGUGAAGAUAAGUAGGUGUUAGGGAAGGGAGUUUGGCAUCAAGCAGUCCAUGGGGAGGAAAGUAUGUGCCAAGUCACUGCUUGGGCUCCCCUGUCUCCCCUUAUUGUUUUCACUACUGUGCUUUUUGGUCCGUUUGAAAGGGCCUGCCUCAGCUCAGCUGAACCCUGCAUUCAAUCAAAUAUCCAACAGCUGGUCACCAGAGAUCAAUGUGAAAUGGAAAUGUGCAUGUUUCUGGUUGCACACUUGGUUUAUGUGAGAAGCCUACUAGACCAGGUGGCACUAAGUGUCACUUCCAGAAUUGAAGUCUCCAGGCUUUACCAGGGCCAUCCUAAGACAUUUUGCUGCCUGAGGCAAUAACAGCAAAUAUGCCCCCUGCCAAAAAAAAUAAAAAUCAAGGUACAUAGUAACGUAAAAUAGCCAACUUAUUUUUGCAUCUGUGACAGAAAAUCCCACAAGUGCCUCUCCCUGGGAAUAGAAAUGCAAUAAAUCAGUAUAUAAACAUUUAAUGCCUCUUUAUGACACCCCAAAUUAGUGCCUGAGGUGGCUGCCUCACUCUGCCUAAUGGGAGGGCCGGCCCUGCUUGUUAAGAUGUAACAGAGUGAUGUCAGGCUUGGCGACCUGGGCCUACUCUGCAUUUUAUUGUGUAGUCACCACUGUCCCCCUGGACGGCAGUUGAUUGCUGCCACAGCUCCUCCUUCAGUUGAAUGAAGAUUGCACUUUGUGAAUUAUUUUUCCCCCCUCCCCCCCCUCUUAUCUUUUAUGUUACUGCUUCAAACUUUAGAGUCACUGCUAACAGGAUUGAGGCUAAACUCCCAGAUACAUCUAAAGAGCCAUGGAAGGAGAGAGGACAAGUUGAUUAUGUUGUUCUGCUUGACUGGUUUAGUUCAGCCAAAGACUUGCAAUUAGGAACACCUCUGCGGAGCCUCAAAGAUGCCCUUUUCAAGGUGAACAUGCUCGGGUUUAUUUUUUUCUAGUUACCUUGAUAAAUUAGAUUCCCAGUAGAUGUAAUUCUGUAUCUUAGAGGGCUGUGUUUUGGUAGCCCUGUCAACAGACACAAUCUUUUACUAUUUAACUAACUUAAGUCUGCAUAAAUUUCCAUAGGUGAUACUGUCCCAUGUAGACAUAGCAUUUGCUGGUGGUUUGUUUUCCUUAACAAUAGUCAAAUGUUAUCUCUGAAUAGCUAAACAGUGAUUAAAAAUUGAGCACAAACCAGAAUGUGAACCUGUAGUUUUAAGGCAAUUAACUGUGGCUCAAUAAAACAUUGGUAAAGGAGCUUUCAUGCCUUUUGGAGAUAGGGCUCAGUUAAACGUUUAGUAUUUAUUUCAUAGUUUUAUAUUGCUAAGAAAGAGUGGGAUAUAUGUUUCUUUCAAUAAAUGUAGAUGACCGUGGUUUUGCUUUGCAUCUGGGAUCAUAACCCAAAGUUAAGGCAACCAAUCACAGUUAAGUGUUACAUUUCACUGGGCCAUUAAAUGAAGGGGCUGUGGUAUUGUAGUAUUCUCCUAAGUUUAAGUUAGUUGAUUGUACUAACAUAGUUUAUUCUUUUUCUAAAGUGAAAUACAUACAGACAGGCAUGACUUUAGCCUUCCUCAAAUAGAAAACAAAAUGUUAUGGCAAUAAAUGUAUAUGGGUAAAAAUGGCCUCAAGUAUACAAUUUCUAAACAGAUACUGAGGUUUUUGAGGUGGUGUACUGAAAUGUCUAAAUAUUUAGAAUAAACUGCCCCAUAAUAAACAAAUGUCAGAACAACUACAUUGUUCUGUUCUAUCCGCCAUUUUUAUAUAAGCUAUGUUACAUGUAUAUUUGUUGUAAAAAUAAGGAAAAAACAAUCCAUCUCUUUCCAUUUCACAGAGUGCAUUAUCUAGCCACAUGACCUGAUUUUGAGAAAUAUGAGCUUCGCUUUGGAAGUUCUGUUGCUUAUUGUAAAAUGUUUUGUCUUUCACUUCCAGUGGGAAAGUAAAGCUGUACUGAAGAAUGAGCCCUUGGUCUUGGAAGGGGGUUAUGAGAACUGGCUCCUUUGCUAUCCCCAGUAUACAACAAAUGCCAAAGUAACUCCACCGCAACAUGACAGGAAUGAAGCCGUUUCUGUCUCUUGUAUGUAUUAAAAACACCUUCUGAUCUAAAGAAAAAGCUUUCCUAAUACAGUGGUACCUCGGGUUAAGUACUUAAUUCGUUCCGGAUGUCCGUUCUUAACCUGAAACUGUUCUUAACCUGAAGCACCACUUUAGCUCAUGGGGCCUCCUGCUGCUGCCGUGCGAUUUCUGUUCUCAUCCCAAAACAAAGUUCUUAACCGGAGGUACUAUUUCUGGGUUAGUGGAGUCUGUAACCUGAAGCGUAUGUAACCCGAGGUACCACUGUACUGCAGUUCUGUCCACAACUUACUCAGGAGUACAUCCUACUGAAAUCAGUGGGGCUUGCUUCCAAGUAAGCUCCUGUAAGAUUGAGCUGCACAGGUUGUGUUCCUAAGCCUACUUAUUUAUUUGUAGAUCCCCCCCAAAAAUCUUCAGACAGUUGUGCAGAACUGUUAGUGUGGGUAAACUACCUUUUUAAAUUCAGGGUGGGAAUAUAUUUCAUGACCUAUGAUCUUGCCACCUGCUUCAGAGACAAAAAGAUUAUACUUAGCAUAAUUUAGAUAUCAAUAAUCUGACUACAGCUCUGUUUCUUGGGGGCAUGGCUUGUCAUUGUUCAUAUGGAUCACUUUCAGGUGAUUGCUUGUAGGAGAGUGAAUUGCUGCCUAAAUGUCCUACCUACUUGGAGCUUUUGGAGGACAUAAUCCAAAUUGAAAUAAGACCAAACAGCCACGGUAUUACACAUUGAACACAUGAUAAAUCUGCAACUGGUUUCACUCUGUUGUCAGUUGGUAUUUCAUUAAGUUUUAAAUAGUAGAUCCUAAUGGUUGUUACACUGACAUAUCUUUAAUCCUCUUUAAGGGGAUUAUUUAUUGCACAGCUUUUCCUCCAGAAAACAUACAUAGCAGUUGACCAGAUUAAAAAACAGGGAAAGCAAUAAAGCAUAGAGGUGCACAGUUACAAAAAAACAAAAUGUAAAACAGCAGGCUAUGACUGAAGCAAUAGAUUAAAAGCAAGCUGAUAAAAAUGGCAUUAGACAGAUAUCUAAGAACUAAAAAGAUCCUGGUGGAUCUCCUUUGGAGGGUUUAUAGCAAUCUCAUUGCCAUCACCCCACAGGUCCUGCCUUGCGUACUUGUCUGUGUAAUCUACGAGUGGGGAACCUUUUUGGCUUUAGGAGCCAGAUCCUCAUCAGGUCCUUGCAGGCCAAAUUUGACAGGUGGGCGGGGCUGCUGACCUGACAGUCACGUGGUGUCAUUGUGACGUCAUGUAAUUGACAGGUGGGCGAGGCUAUCCACCUGCCAAAAUGCCUCCCAUGGGUUUCGCAAGCAAAGACAAUGGGGAGAACUUCUCCAGCACUCUGCCUUUGCCAUCCCCUCCAGUCAUCCCUAUUUUAACGGGAUAUUCCCAGACUCACAGAAACCAUGGCUUCUGAUUUGAUCCCAGAAUGUCCCGGGGAUGAGCCAACACUUGCAGUAGUGCCAUGCUCUUGCACAAGUCAGUUGACUUGGGAGAGAGCACAGCCCCCGAAGAUGCACUUUUUUGGUUCUGUGCUCUUGCCUCCCAAUUUUCAUCGGGAAUGUUGGAGGGUAUGCUUUGCUUGUGAAAUGUGGCUCUUUUUCUCCCUUCUCUAUUGUUUGAGCAAUACAGUACAUUAUUUCUCCUAACUCUCCUACAAAAAUUUCUUAAAACAAAAACGUAACCUUCUUUGCAUGUUUCAGUGGAUUUUACUUACCCAUCUUUGGAAGAACCAGCUCCACCUCCAGUACCUGUUGUCCAUGUAAAACCUUCUGUGGUGGAAGUUACCGAAAGACCUAAUAUUGCAAAUGAUCAAGAGGAGAGAGUGGACACGUUUCAACCACCAGCUCCUUGUGGAUCAACUGCUACUCCUGCUAAGUCUGAAAACCUACCUGCCAUAGUCCAACCAGUGUCUGCAGUAAAGAUUAUUCCUCAGGUGAGUGAUUCUUAGCAAGAAAAAAACUUUCUACUUGGACUGUGACAUAACAGGGCCACCUUUUUGCCUUAUUUUAUAGAAUUGCUACAGAUAGGAUGAGCCUGCUUUUUCUGAAAUACUAAGAGAGAGGAAAGGCCUGCACUGUAAUACAAUAAUUGCAAGGUCAAAUAGCUAUCCUGUAAAUGUUUCCAGCUGCCUUGCUAAGAAAUAUGAAGGAAAGACCCUGGUAACUGGUUGGGGAAGAAAAGACCUUGUUCUGCAUGGACAAAAGUCAUAAACCUUAGGCCUGUGUAACCUGCUGGGUGAUUCUCUUUAACUGGCAGAGCAAACCUACUUGAGUCGCACUACAAAAGACUUUGGAAGCAUUCAAAAUUGGCUUCUGUUUGGAAAUUUCCAAUCCUCUUUUCAGCAUUAUCGCUUCCAAGGCAGAUAACAAGACCAUUAAAACAGUAAAACACAUACUCAGAAAAGCAAUAAUAAUAAGCAGCAGAGCCAUAUGAGCAUAAAAAUCACACCAGUGACAGUUGAAGACAAGUUGUUUGAGUGGAGAUUUUUGUCUCAGAUUUUAUCAGUGCUGGAUUGAAAUUUAUGUGUGGGGAUUUUUCCUACUGUUAAAUUGCUUUGGGGAGUUAUAUGGGAAGUAUUUAAUAAAUUUAAUGAAUAACAUUUAGGGGAGGAGAAUUGUUUAUCUUAGAAAUGCAAAUGGUCCGCAAGUACAAAUGCGUGUUCAGGUAUUUCUGACCUAACCACCCCUGUAGGUUCUCCCUGGGAAGCGGAUGGGGCUUUCUCACUUCUCUUACUACAGCAAGACCUGAUUCUGGGCAACUGAGGAUUUAAUCUCCCAGGAUGAGGAGAAAACCCAUGUUCAAAUAAAACUGGCUAGGCUAUACAAGCAUAAUUCCUCCCCCCCCCCCAAUUGGGUGCAGGUUUGCAUUAGGGUUGUAGCAUAUUCUCCCUUAUUACUAACUUUUAGGAAGGGUCUAGAAACAUUCCUGUUUAUCAAUGCAUUUUGUGGCUGAAAGAUCUGUUUUUGGCAACCCUGAAAUUCUUAGUUAUGAAAGUAGUUGAUUGUGUGAGUUUUUAAAGAAGUUUUUAACUGUUUUUAUAAAUUGUAUAUUAUCAUUGAUGUGUUUGCUGCCCUGGGUUACUUCAGGAGAAAAGGCAGGAUAUGAAUAAAUAAAUACUUUUGCCCAGACUAAAAUACCUUUGUAAAACCAUAAAAGUGAGUAGUAGAGAAAAAUAAUAAUAAUAAUUUAUUAUUUGUACCCCGCCCAUCUGGCUGGGUUUCCCCACCCACUCUGGGCGGCUUCCACAAAGACCAAAAAUACACUAAUAUGUCAUACAUUAAAAACUUCCCUAAACUGGGCUGCCUUCAGAUGUCCUCUAAAAGUCAGAUAGUUGUUUAUUUCCUUGACACCUGAUGGGAGGGCGUUCAACAGGGCGGGUGCCACUACCGAGAAGGCCUUCUGCCUGGUUCCCUGUAACCUCACUUCUCGCAGGGAGGGAACCACCAGAAGGCCCUCGGAGCUGGACCUCAGUUUCCAGGCUGAACGAUGGGGGUGGAGACGCUCCUUCAGGUAUACUGGGCCGAGGCCGUUUAGGGCUUUAAAGGUCAACACCAACACUUUGAAUUGUGCUCAGAAACGUACUGGGAGCCAAUGUAGGUCUUUCAAGACCGGUGUUAUGUGGUCUCGGCGGCCGCCCCCAGUCACCAGUCUAGCUGCCGCAUUCUGGAUUAGUUGUAGUUUCCGGGUCACCUUCAAAGGUAGCCUCACGUAGAGCGCAUUGCAGUAGUCCAAGCGGGAGAUAACUAGAGCAUGCACCACUCUUGCGAGACAGUCUGCGGGCAGAUAGGGUCUCAGCCUGCGUACCAGAUGGAGCUGGUAGACAGCUGCCCUGGAUACAGAAUUGACCUGCGCCUCCAUGGACAGCUGACAGAAUGUUGGCACUAAGUGAUCUUUGAGGGAACGUAGCUUGCAAAUCUUACCAAAAUAUGUCUAUUUAACUUUUUUGCCCUUUCAGAUUGAUCGUACAAAAAAGCCUUCAGCAAAAAUACCAGACGCUGAUAACAGGCCAAGAGCUGAAAGCCCAACCAUUGGCAAGCAGCUCAUUUCAAAUGGCAGAGUGGUUCCAGAUCGUUCCACAAAGCCUCCCUUGGAUGCUAAGGCCAGUCUGCGAGAGGAGGAGAAAGGCCACCUACCAGCGGAAAAGGCUUCCCAGUUGGAAAAAAGCAAGCAAGAAAAAGAACUGCAGGAGAAGCAACAGGAAGAACAGAGGGAGAAGCUGAGGCAGGAGAAGCAAGAACAAGAGCAGAGAGCGAGAGAGGAGCAGAGGGAGAAGGAAGGCAGGGAGCACCUCCAGAAAGCAAAAGAUAAAGAGAAGGGAGAAAAAGACCAGCCGGCCAACAAAGGGGCAGCUGAGAAGCAAGAGGUGGAGAAUGCGCCCAAGGAGCUCACAGACAUGAAAAAAGGAAGCAGAACCGAAAAUGAAUCCCCUGAAAUCAGAAAACUGGACACUGACAAAAUUGUUGUGGGUGAAAAAGACAAGGUUACCUGGACACCAGAAAUGCAGAGGCGCAGAUUUGCAGAGGAGUCCCGGGCGUCCAUGAGGGUGGAUUCUGGCUCAGGCAAGGUGAGCAAUUCAUGGGCAUAAAAGGCAAGCAUCCUGCUUUGUCUUCCCUUUCUCCCCUGGAAAAUGAGUAAUUCUAUCAAAGUCAGAGAGGCACCUUUACUGUUUCAGCUCCAGCCCUAUCAGGAGGCAAGUUCCCAACUUAGGUGAAUCGUGGAGGGAGAAAGGCAGACUAGUGAAUUUGCACAUUCCUAAUAGGGGAAGGGACAUGGGACGCGGGUGGCGCUGUGGGUUAAACCACAGAGCCUAGGGCUUCCUGAUCAGAAGGUUGGCAGUUCGAAUCCCCGCGAUGGGGUGAGCUCCCGUUGCUCGGUCCCUGCUCCUGCCAACCUAGCAGUUCGAAAGCACGUCAAAGUGCAAGUAGAUAAAUAGGUACCGCUCCGGCGGGAAGGUAAACGGCAUUUCUGUGCACUGCUCUGGUUCGCCAGAAGCGGCUUAGUCAUGCUGGCCACAUGACCCGGAAGCUGCACGCUGGCUCCCUCGGCCAAUAAAGCGAGAUGAGCGCCGCAACCCCAGAGUCGGUCACGACUGGACCUAAUGGUCAGGGGUCCCUUUACCUUUACCUUAAUAGGGAAAGGGCUUGAGAGGUUUUAAUGAAGCUCCCAUAGAUUCCCUUAUCUCGCACAGGAAACCUUCCUGCAAACCUUUCACACAGCAGGAACAUUGGGCUUUCCACACACCCAUCCCCACUACUCUGCUACAUGUGGUAGAGGGGUGAGUAGACCUAUCAUGUCACUCAUGGCUCCUGAGAAGGCACUAAGCCACCCACCUUUCCACAUUUUCAAGCAUCUUCAUAAGGUUAGAGUAGCACAGAAGUGAUUGCUAGGUGUUUUGUAGAGUAGGAGACAGCAGAUGCUGAAAACAUAGCAGAGGGUUUUGUUUUUUUAAAAAAGGAAGACAGUGGUGAUUCAGAGGGUUUUGUUUUUUAAUCCUUGCCACAAGAAAAUGGUGGUGGUCUCUACAGGCCACAAAAACCCUCCUGGAAGCUGUAAGGCCCACUGGCCACAGCUUUACCACCCUUUCUUAAACUAUAACACGGGUGAAAUGCCUAUUCAUUUACAGGAUUUGCUGAUUAAGGAGUUUUGCUCUUCCUCCCCACCCCCACAAAAGCAGAUACGUAGAGAAAUGGCUUGCCACUGUUGUUUUUACUGAUCACUUUUACUGAUCAUGACUUGCUGCUUUCUUGGAAGAGAAAAAAUCCCUGAGGAACUAAGAGGUGUUUCAGAUGAGAAGAUCUAAGAUUGGCAAGCGUUGGCAUAUUCAAGGUUUUCCUUGGACAUAAUGUGCAUUGGGGGGGGGCCCCCACAAAUAUCUGACUGAAACAUGAGCUGCUCACUAGCAGCGAUACCAAGCAUGUUCAGCAGAGUUUUUCAAGGGCUGGAACUCCCUGCAGGUUUCCAGCUGAGAAUCCAGAUGUUUUGGAGCAAUUUUCUUACAGGGCAGUUUUGGCUAGUUGCGUGUGAGUCUUAGAACGUUGUAUUCCUUAUAUACAAUUCACGCAGCUAGCAAUUUUCACUUUGAAAUACAUCUUCAAAUUCGUCAGUGUUUUGUUUUGGGUGUCUUUGUACUCCGUAGCAAUUCAUCCAGAGUAAAGUGCUAUUUUAUGUGAUUCUGUUGUGUAUUGCAGUCAUGUUAUACUAACACUGAGGCGUUUUGGAGCUUGAUAAAUUAAUUAAUGAAAACUGAAAGUUUCUCUUUCAAAAUCUUUUACAGCAGACUGGGGUUACAGGACAACCAGAAAGAGACACCCAAAAGCCAGAAGCCAUUAGAGAUGAUACUGAACAAGACUCUGAAAAAAAUAAAGUAAAUUCACUGUGAGGUGUCUGUGUCUAGCUGCUGAAACCUAGUGCCAAUGUCAUAACAUGGCCUCAAUUUACAUUCGUUGUCAUGUAACUGUUUGUGUUACAUUUCAUAAAAUGCAUUUCAAUAUUUUAUUUUUCAUAAAUAAUAAUAAUGGGUUGCAGCCAGUGGUAGUCCUUCUCAGAGUAGACCUAUAGAAAUUGAUGGACAUGUCUAACCUAGGUUUAGUAAUUUCAGUCGGUCAGCUCUGAGUAGGACUUAGUGGAAUACAACCCAACAGAUACAGUGGCUUGUAUCUAACGUAGUGUGAAGUAACCAUCCUUCUGUGCUUGGAUUUUUGAAUGUGCAACAGGAUGGUGUUUUGCACUAGCCCGAAACAUUGAUUGAUAACUUGAACUUUUUGAAUUUUUAAAACACAUAAUCUUCUUUAUGCAGAAAGCCUGCAAAAUGCUGAGGACAGCCAAAGUAGGUAUGUAUCUUUUAAGACCCACAAUUUUGAUCUGUGUUGUUCUUUUCAGUCUCAGCGGGAGCCACUAACAAGGGCACGGAGUGAGGAGAUGGGGAGGAUAAUACCAGGACUGCCACUUGGUUGGGUCAAGGUGAGUGGAAUGUCUUCUGAUGUUCUGGGUUUUUUCUGCUUGUGAACACUCUUGCGCUGAACCCAUUUUUAUAUUUGCUGUUUGGAUGUUGAGAAAAAUAUGGUAAUGGCCAUAUAAUUGGACCCAGAAGUUAAACCUGUAAGACUGAGAAGAGUGGCGCAAGCCAAUAAUAUGCCAAUAUUACGUCACUCUAGAGGCUAUUAUAAUACUUUUCCAUCUGGGUUAUGCUGGGAAAGAAAUACGAAUUUCAAAAGUGACUGUGCAAUCUUUGCAGUUGUCAUAUAACUUGCUCCCUUUUCUCUUUGUGCACAUGUCACAUGAAGUUUCUGGAGCCAGUCACGGGGACUUUUCGUUACUACCACACUCCAACGAAUACAGUUCACAUGUAUCCACCAGAAAUGACUCAGUCAGCCACUCCACCAUCGACCCCGCCAACACAUAAACCAAAGACUCAGGCUGUUGAUCAGCGGGAAAGGGAACAUUCCAAAUUGAAGCGCUCUUACUCCUCGCCAGACAUAACCCAGGCCAUUCAAGAGGAAGAGACAAAGAAAAUCACCGUCAAGCCUACUAUCAACCGUGAGAACAAGUACGUCUGCUGGAAACUCACAAACGGUGUUAUAAGACAUGAUUUUCUAGGGUACCUGCUAAAAAUGUCUUUUACAGUUAGUGAAAUAUGUGAAGGAUUAGAAAUGUUUGCCAUUUGUGUGAUUACGUUCCACCAUGUCUGGUGUGGGGGACUUUUGGCUGUCUAGAUGUUACUGAACUACAACUCCCAUCAUCCUUAGCCAUGGUUGCUGGAGCUGAUGGGAGUUUCUCUUUAUCUGGGGGGCCAAAGGUUCCCCCACACAUGCACAGUGUAGAUAUUGCUGAGACGUGUUUAUUCCCAUAAAAGCUGGUUAGAACAAAUCUGAUGCAAGCCUUUUAAGUGUGUGUAUGAACACACACAUAUACAUGCCCACCCACAUACGACUGGCUGUUGUUUCAAUAUAUUGUCCAGAAUAAGUUUGAAGUCCACAUCGUGAUAUCGAUUUCAUAAUAUCUGACAUGGCGAUACAUCGUAAAUCACGAUGUGUGUGUUCGCUAUGUAAAAAAUUGUGAUGUUGGGAAAGCCAGUCAUCUCUUCUCUCCUGAUUCUUGCCACCCCUGUUGCUCUGUACUAUAAAAUAACAGUUGUAACAAUAUGUUAACAGUAAGUAAAAACGUAUCAGUUUUUGACCCCUAAGUAGUAGCAGUUGCUACGUAGUUACAUCCUUAUUUCAGACAUUGUGAAGCAUAUCAGUAUAUCAUGAUGUUUAGCUGAUGAUAUCACUCGGCCCUAGCACACACACAAACUAUUUGUUCAGCAUUUCAUUUCCAUCCUUCGAAAGCCUCAUGUUUCUAUUUUAAAACUUACAGCUUGCUAGGGCAAGGAUACCUUGUUAUCUGAAAGGAGCAAGGUAUCACAAAGACUCUCGAGUAUCCUUUAGUAUUUAUAAUCUGAAUGAGUUUGGGCAUGAUCAAGACAAAGUUAAGCACUUUAAAGUCUCGUAAGAGAGUCAAGCAGACAGAGAAGGUUAAAUCUGUAUUAAUCUGUAUUAAUAUUCUACUCUACAAAGUAAAAUUUUGCAGUGGCAUAUGUAACAAAAGCACUUGAACCUUUUUUUAAAAAAAGUCGUUGCCACCUCACUAAAAUGAAAAAGGCUGCAGUUAAUAUUAUAUAGCACAUACUUGUCUAUUCCUACAGAUUUCUGGAAACUCGCUUUUGUUCCAUUGAUUCAUGAGAGACAUGCUAGUGACACCUUAGAGACGGAUUCGGCUCAGUUUUUUUUUAAAAAGCAUGAAAAUACAUUUCAGUCUUUAAUAUUGCCUCUUUCCUUACAGACCAGUAAGCUAUCCUAAAACGGAAAUCUCAAGGCUCUCUGCGUCUCAGAUUCGUAAUCUCAACCCUGUAUUUGGUGGAAUGGGACCAGCUCUGACCGGCCUCCGUAAUUUGGGAAACACUUGCUAUAUGAACUCUGUGUUACAGUGCCUGUGUAAUGCACCGCACUUGGCUGAUUAUUUCAACAGAAACUUGUAUCAAGAUGAUAUCAACCGGUAUUUAUUUGCUUGUUUGUUUGACUGCUUCCAUUAACACACAGCUGAGUGCGAAACUUGUUUCAUCUAUUUAGAUAUGCUGCUUUAGUGAAAUCGUAGUGUCGUUUAUUUUAUAUAGCACAUUUAUCUCAGAACUUAAGGCAGUAGGCAUAGUCUUCCCAGGAACUGAAUAGCCAUAGAUACAGUGGUGCCUCGCAAGACGAAAUUAAUCCGUUCCGCGAGUCUCUUCGUCUUGCGGUUUUUUCGUCUUGCGAAGCAUGGCUAUUAGCGGCUUAGCGGCUAUUAACGGCUUAGCGACUUUAAGAAAAAGGAAACAAACUCACAAGACAUUUCGUCUUGCGAAGCAAGCCCAUAGGGAAAUUCGUCUUGCAGAACGACUCAAAAAACGGAAAACUCUUUCGUCUUGCGAGGCAUUCGUCUUGCGGGGCACCACUGUAUGAUUUAUCUUUAAGCAAGGUUUGGUUUAUUUACUCUUAUAUCUAAGGCCUUGCUCCUUUUAUCUCAAAAGCGGCUAAGGCAAAUACAGAACAAAAUAUGAAAACAGCAAAACAUCAAACGGAAUACAGCAGAUUAACAUGCAUCAGCUCUAAAAAAGAAGUACCAUCAGCCAAACAAGGCGAAGCCCUUUUCUGGACAGUGUGACCAAGUGAUAGCUAAGCAAAUCUCAUGGGGCAGGUAGUUCCACAUCUUGGGCCCUGUAGUGGAGAAUGGCUGUGUUCUGCCUCCGCUGCCUGAGGCAAUGUUGUGCGGAUGCCUGAUGAUCGUCUUCCAAAGCAACUACUCUAUUCCAAACUUAAAAAUGGAAAGCGUAAUGCUGGUGGUCAGCAAAAGAGCUUUAAAGACUGUCUCAAGGCAAAUCUUAAAAAAUGUAAUAUAAACACUGACAACUGGGAAACACUGGCCUGCAAGCGCUCCAGUUGGAGAACAGCCAUUACCAAAGGUGUCAUGGGCUUUGAAGACACUCGAACCCAGGACGCAAGGGAGAAACGUGCUAAGAGGAAGGCGCGCUUGGCAAAUCCACACCAUGAUCAACUCCUGCCCGGAAACCAAUGUCCCCACUGUGGAAGGAUGUGUGGAUCCAGAAUUGGCCUCCGCAGUCACUUAUGGACUCAUAGGCAAAACUGUGUUUAUGAAAGACAAUCUUACUCAGCUACGAGUGAUUGCCGAAGAAGAAGAAGAAGAAGAAGAAGUAGUCUCUGAAUGCCAGUUUCUGGGAGUCGCAAGGGAGGAGAGAGCUUUCUGUAGUGGGCUUUCUGUAGGCAUCCGGUUGACCAGUGUGAGCAGUGUUUGAAAUUAGCCAGGCCCCAGGCACAUUUUGAACCUGGCUUGCGACCACCAAGUGAAGAUGCCUGGGCACCAGGAUGGGACCUGACACCUCCACCAUCUGGGGAUCGUUGGAUCUGGACUGUUUUUUGCACCCUAACACCCCAUCCUGUAGAAUUCUAUCAGUCAUAUUUUAUCUGCACAAUCAGAAUGAAUUUCUGGAAGCCAAAUUGCUUUUUCUGUGCAGCCUGAGCAGGAGCAGACACCAUUAAGAAAAAGAGGUUGCAAUAGGCCAAUAUAUACCGUAUUUUUUGCUCUAUAAGAUGCACCAGACCAUAAGACGCACCUAGCUUUUUGAAGAGGAAAACAAGAAAUAAAAUAUUCUGAUUCCCAGAAGCCAAGACAACAAGUAGGAUCGCUGUGCAGCGAUCCCACUGGCUGUCCUGGCUUAUGGGAUAGCCACGCGCAGCCUCUCCCAUAAGACACACACACACAUUUCCCCUUACUUUUUAGGAGGGGGAAAGUGCGUCUUAUAGAGUGAAAAAUACGGUACGUCCCUGGAUCAAGUGACUUCUCUUUAAGUUCUCAAAGCUCUGAACUAGCUGGAUGUUGAACUGAACUGAACUGAACUGCUCUUCUUAUAUUCUUAAUACCCUCUUCCAUGUUCCAGCCAGCCUGGCCUCUUUGAAGGCGAGGGGCCAUACCGCAUUCUCCAAAGUAGGCAAAAUAUAUUCACUUAGUCAGUGUUAUACUAUUGAUGUAUAUAUUGCUCCACUCGGGGAAUAAGGAUAAACAUGCAAGUGACAGCAUUCUGUUUGUUUCAGAUAAUUAUGUCUCUAAAAACGGUGUCAGACAUUAAACUCUCUCGUUAUUUGCAGGUCAAAUUUCUUAGGGCACAAAGGUGAAAUUGCUGAGGAGUUUGGCAUUAUCGUGAAAGCUCUCUGGACUGGACAAUACAGAUAUAUCAGUCCAAAAGACUUUAAAUUUACCAUUGGGAAGAUCAACGACCAAUUUGCAGGGUACAGCCAGCAAGACUCUCAAGAAUUGCUUCUGUUCUUAAUGGAUGGUCUACAUGAAGAUUUAAAUAAAGUAAGUUUGAUUUUUGGUGAAAAUUAAGCAUUUCAUUUCAGAAUUUAACACGCUAACCACCUGACCCCCACCAAAAGGUUUUGUAUUUGCUAUUUUGUUUGAACCAUGAGGGGUUGCACUUCUGCCUUUACAAGCUGUUUGAAGUGUUUGGGUUUUGUUUUGCUUUUAAAAUAGAAUUUAAAUCCUUUAGGUUUUUAAUUCUGCAUGUUUUAUUGUUGUAAGUCACUUUGAGACCAAUAAUAAUAUUUGUAUGCCACCCAUCUGACGGGGUUGCCACAGCCACUCUGUGUAUUAAAAUUUAAUACAGAGUAUUAAAAACACAAUAAAACAUUAAAAACUUACCUAAGCAGGGCUGUCUUCAGGUGUGACGAUGUCAAGAUGGUGAAAAGUGGGAUAUAUAUUUUUAAAGAGAGUAAGGAAGUACUCAAGCACACCUGGGCAGACUACAUGACAAACAUCACCUCUAGUUUGACCAAAAAUCUAAAGUGGGCAGUUGUUACUGCUUUGGCCAUAGAUUUUAAAAAAGUAUUUCUUCACUCAUUGCAUAAUUAUAUUUGCCAUGGGAAUUUUGAUGUUUAUUAACAUAGACCAAUGAGCAAGUGGGACCUCCAACGAGAUGUCAUAGUGUUGAGUGCUUUUCUUUAGCAUGCCAACCAACCAGCUGCCUUUUAGAUUGCUCCAUUCUAGGGGGCCACUAGGGGGCGCAUUGGAAGAUGGCCGACAAUACCAUCUCUCCGAUCCACACGGGGUAAUUAAGAGGCUGUUAUGGGAGUAGGCAGCCUCCCUUGUUGCCCCAAGGAAAUGGGGAACACUGCCCUUGCCUGCUGUGCCCAUAAGUCACCCCCUAAUUUGAAAGAAGGGGGUGAGGGCCCUAGGCAGAAUGCCCCCGUGUGGACCUCGGCUCUCCUGGACGCUGUCUCUGAUCGCGCACUAGUUGCAGCAAUUUGGAAUAAUUAAUUACAAAAGAAGCAAAUGCACAUAUUUCAAGUGAAGAAGGGGAGUGAAGUCUGCUAAUUUAAGUGACCUCUGCGAAAGAAGACGACGGGCUGGAGAAACAGGAAUAUUUUACGAUGAAGAUACACCAAAGGCGGGGUAUGUUGACAACGGGGCUGAAUGGGGGAGGACCUUUUUACUUUCCUUCUAUGUGAUUUACAAGAACCCCUCCUCAUUAGAACUGUCGGUUGAACUGACCCAAGCAGGAUGAUUAAGGUCUGUGUGGAGAUAAACUUUAACCAAAAGUAUGCUUUAUGGAGACCGAGAAGCAAUAAGAGCUUUGGGAAUGGCGCAGCAAUUAAUUCGAGUCGCCAUCUUGCCAAAGGAUUUAUAGCCGGGAGGAAGAACGGAUUUGUUUUCAGACUGCAUUCCUAGUGAAUCUCCUCAGAGGUUUUGAGAAAGGAGGCAGAUUGGUGAAGAUUAAUGACGCUAAGACUGUUUUGAUGUAUGGAAGUGAUGUUAUAUGGAAAACGUCUGGAUAUGGCUACUGGAUAAAAAAUAAUAUCCACGCAAGAUUACAAACUGUUCUAACCAGCUUACGGAGACUAUCAGAGGUCACAAAGAGAAAGGAAAAAUAUAUGAAAAUAACAACAAGAGAUGUGGAAAAAUAAUAAGAAAGGACUGGAUAGUACUGUGAACAUCAUAAGGUUAGAUUUGUGGACAUUAAAACAGCAGUAAGAAGCAAGAAGUUGAUUGGAUCCCUUCGAACUUGAAAUAUGGGGACCCCCAACAAAAAUUUAAAAUUUGGCUGUGUAAUUUGGAAUUUAUGUAAUUUGGUUUUAUUUGAUGUGAUUGGUCGGUUAAUAAAAAAUUAUUCUUAAAAAAUAAUAAUAGAUUGCUCCAUUCUAUUCUACAAACACCCAUUUUUCCAUUUUUAAUUCCAACAGACACUCAACAUUCUGUUGUUGGUUCCCCCCCCCCCACCCCCACCCCAUGCAUUUUCAGUUUUAACAGCGCACCAUAUACAUUUUAUCUUACAGUGUUUUUUACAGACUUCCCAACCUAAUCUUCAGUGACAUUCUAACAGAGUCUUGUCUUGCUGCCUGUCCAUAGUUUAACACACUCAACAUUCUGUAGCCACUGAGCGUGCUCAGUCCUUGUUGGGCUGUUCUGGAUUCUGCUUUUGUGUCUUUAACCCCCUUGGAGAGACACUUUGCCAUAUUGACUCCAUAUAGCUCUUUAGAACCAGGUGCUGUAAAGAAACAACGGAGGAUGCUUUGCUUUUGAGCUUCACAGGGUUAUCUAGUUGGGAUACAGUUGGCAGGUGAUAUACUCAAUUAGAUGAGAUUUUUUGACCUGAAGCAGCAGAACAGUGUCUAUGUUCAUUAAGCAGUUUCCUAAAAGCGGACACCUGGUGCAAAAAUCACGAGAUCGUUCAUGCUUUUUAUAGAGAAUGUAGCCCUACUCCUAUGUUGCAUGUGCCAGGUAGCAUGAAGACAAAUACUAGGGGUAUUUAAGCACCAUUCUUUAUGUACUGAUGAGGACAACUUCUAGGAACUCCUGGUUGAGAUGAGUGAUUACCAGACAGCUUGCCUUUCUGUUUAAUCAAACCGAUACUAGCCCUAAGAUCCGUAAUUACAGCAAAAUAUUCACUCUUUUCCCCAUCGAGUUCAUCAUUGUUUCUUUCUGCUAAAAUGCCCACGUAAAGAAUGAGAAACUCUAAUUCAGAGGCAGAUGUGUGCAGCUUAACUGAUCUCUAAUCAGAAUUACUUUAGGAGAAAGCAUCUAUAAAUAUAGCCAAGAUAUUUAGUAUAAAACUGCUUUGCAAUAUCCAGUUUGUAACGAUCAAGGAAUUGGGCACAAUCUGUCAAGGACAACUAUACUAGUUUGCUUUUGAAUUUGAAGGAUUUAUUUUCUUAUUAACUGAGCUCAGUUUUAAAAGGUUUGUCCAUCAUGUUAUCCUCAUCUAGCUUACCUUUUCUGAAAUUAGCUGUUUAAUAACUGGAUAUAUAUAUUUUUUUGCAAGAUCUGUUUUUCAGUCUUUUUUUUCCCUCCUAUUUUUACAAAAACUAUGAUGUCCUCUUAGAGAGUAAGUAAACCAAAACUUUAUUAUCCAUCUUCUGUCUAGUACAUAGAUUUAUUGUUUGUUUUGCCAUGUCAUGAGUGUGAUAGAAAAAAAAAACCUGUUCUUCAUUUCACUCUUGGAUGCCACUGUAACUAUUCAGUGUUCUGUUCCUAAAACACAAAGCUCUGCAAAAAGGAGGUUAUGGUUAUAACCUUAUUUGUGUCUCGUUUCUCCAAUCCAUUGCAACUGCCAUUUCUUAGUUAGGUUACACAAACAGUAGAAUUAAAUUGCAGAAUGGACUGUGCUACUUCAGACUGCAGAUGGGGGAACACCAUUCUGAAACGCUCCCUCACUUAACCCCCCCCCAAAAAAAACUCACUUCAAAUAGAAAGUACUGUAUAAAUAAGAAAACCUUUAUCCCAUCCCUUUGCCUUUUGGGCUCAUAUUCUGCUUAAAAUGUGUUAAAAUAAAGGGGCAUUCAAAAACAUGAUAUCCCAGCAGCAAUUAAGUGCUACGGUCCAUUCUGCCAUAUUCUGCUGUAUGCGUAGACUCUAAUCAACAUUUCGCAAGCUUUUGAGUUGGACCUCCCUGCGCAGGUAGACUAGAGAAGGCACGAGAAUGUUGCCAACUGAAUUCUCCAUCUUCAGUUUUCCCCAACUUCAGUUAGGAAGCCUGUAGCUACCCAAGCUUGAGAACUUCCUUUAGAUUACAAGCAGGGAUGGCAUGAUUCAGUUGAUCUUACACACACACACACACACACACACACACAGAGUCGUACCUUGGUUCUUGAACGGAAUCCAUUCCGGAAGUCCGUUGGACUUCCGAAAACAUUUGGAAGCAGUGUCAGACGUUUGGGUUCCAAAGAACGUUCGCAAACCGGAACACUCACUUCCAGGUUUGCAGCAUUGGGGAGCCAAAACGUUCAAGUCACAAGGCGUUCGACAACCAAGGUACGACUGUGUGUGUAUGUGUGUAUAAAAUCAACUGUACAAACUGGUGUGGAAUGUAGCUAAAAAGCUGAGCUACAGAUUUGAAUCACCAGUUUGAAUCUUGCUUUUGCCAUGCUCUCUCCAGAUGGCCUUUAGCCCCAACCCCAAUUGUUCAGCCCUAGCUUUCCAUGCCAUCUUCAGUACAGUGGUACCUCGGGUUACAUACGCUUCAGGUUACAGACUCCGCUAACCCAGAAAUAGUACCUCGGGUUAAGAACUUUGCUUCAGGAUGAGAACAGAAAUCGUGCUCCGGCGGCGGCAGCAGGAGGCCCCAUUAGCUAAAGUGGUGCUUCAGGUUAAGAACAGUUUCAGGUUAAGAACGGACCUCCAGAAUGAAUUAAGUACGUAACCAGAGGUACCACUAUAUGGGGUUUGGUGAAACUCACCUGCUUUAAAAGCUCGUCGUAAGCCUUGGAGGCUUGUUGUAGCGGGCAGGGCAGUCGGAGGUAGAGGAGGAGGGCAAAGGGGGCAAGAACCAAAACAAGUGAAGAGAGAGAAAGUUAGGAGCAUUUGCAAGCUAUUUGUUCAGAUCUCUAUCAAGAGCAAUCUUGUCACUUGACUGGCAGCUGCUCCCUUGGGGGUGGAGGGAGGAGAAAGGGGAAGCAUGGCCCUAUUCACUGCUGGUAUGUAGCCCUUAAAGAAAUGUGACUCUUUUUUUUAAAGAUGCAUUUGCUGGGGUUUUUUGUUUACAUACACGUUAGGUAAAGCGUAUAUUUGUAACGAUAAAACAACAGUAGCAAAAUAAGCCAAACACAUGAGAGAAAAGGAGAAUAGUGGUAAGAAAAUCAAACGAAAGGAUUCAAAGAGAACUAUCCAUCUGUUCUCGCAUGUACAAAUAAUUGCUUUCAAUCUGUGACUCUUGGCAGAAGGUUUCCAUGCUUCUGGCCAAGAAAAACAAUGUAGCCAGGGUGCUCAAAGAAUCUGUUUCAAUGUUUGCAUGUUUAGCAUUAUCACCUUCCUUCUGUCUUUCCAUAGCUCCACCUGAUGAUGCUCCUGUCUGUAAAACUUACCUUCAUGUGUUUUAGGUAUUCUUUAAACUUUUUUUUUAACUUCCCAACUUUCCAGGCUGACAACAGAAAACGUUACAAAGAAGAAAAUAAUGAUCAUCUGGAUGACUUCAAAGCGGCAGAACUUGCCUGGCACAAACACAAACUGCUCAAUGAAUCGAUUAUCGUUGCUCUCUUCCAAGGCCAGUUCAAAUCCACAGUUCAGUGUCUUACGUGUCACAAAAAGUCUCGGACCUUUGAGGCUUUUAUGCAUUUGUCCUUGCCACUUGCAUCUACCAGUAAAUGCACCCUACAGGUUAGUCAAAUGAGUGACUUUAGGUCACUAGUUAACAAUGUUUAACUUUCCCAGUUUUUCUUUCAACAAAACUGUUCCUAUAAAUCCUCACCUCUGCUCUAAACCUUUGAAUUCAGGUUGUGUUUUGUUUUUGCUCCCCCCCCUCCCCCCAGGAAUGCCUUAGAUUAUUCUCCAAAGAAGAAAAACUGACAGAUAACAAUAGAUUUCAUUGUAGUCAUUGCAAAACCCGAAGAGAUUCUUUGAAAAAAUUAGAAAUCUGGAAGCUGCCUCCUGUUUUGUUAGUGCACUUGAAGCGGUAAGACUCAAAAGUAACUGUACAGAUUAUUUAGUCUUCCUAAAAGUGCUAAGGUGAUUUUUUUGUUUAAUAUAACAUAGGAAGCUCUUCAUAUUGUCCAUUUGGUUCAGUUGCAGCUCUCUGGGAUGUCAGAGACAUUCCAGGCCUUACCUGGUGCUGCUGCAGAAUUGAACCGGGGAACUUUUGCAUGAAAAGAAGUACUCUAGCACUGAGUUGUGUUUCAUGUUCAGAAAUGUAGUCUCUGAAAUAUAUAUUUGCAUGCGGGUAGUGUAGGAGGAAGGGACGCGGGUGGUGCUGUGGGUUAAACCACAGGGCCUAGGACUUGCCGUUCAGAAGGUUGGCGGUUCGAAUCCCCAUGACGGGGUGAGCUCCCGUUGCUCGGUCCCUGCUCCUGCCAACCUAGCAGUUUGAAAGCACGUCAAAGUGCAAGUAGAUAAAUAGAUACCGCUCUGGCGGGAAGGUAAACGCCGUUUCCGUGCGCUGCUCUGGUUCGCCAGAAGCGGCUUAGUCAUGCUGGCCGCAUGACCCGGAAGCUGUACGCCGGCUCCCUCGGCCAAUAAAGCGAGAUGAGCGCCGUAACCCCAAAGUCGGGUCACAACUGGACCUAAUGGUCAGGGGUCCCUUUACCUUUACUUAGUGUAGGAGGAUGCAUAACCAUACGUACUUUGAGAUGAGAAAUGUAAUGUGUUCAGAGUCUCUUAUGGGCUUAUACAUUUUGGUAGAUAACUGGUUCGCAGGCCAGUCUUGUCUGCCAGGGGGCCAAAUUCAGCCCAGAAUGCCAUUUCUCAAAACCCACACCUAAUCAGCUGACAUCCCUCCUAAGGUGAUGACAACUAAUGGGCAGGGUUGAAUUCUGUCUUGGCUGCUCUCCUGGGAACAGGCACAUGCAGCCAAAGCACAGUGCAGGGCUAUUUGAAAGCCCUUUUGCAAACAGUUUUGCAUUGCUCUUUAAAACUCCCACAGGGCUUCUUGCAAAAGGACUUUCAACUAGUCUACACUUUAAAGUCCUGACAACUGGAGCCUCAGUGCACAGAAUCAUAGUGGUGUUGGGUGAUUGACUGGUGGGCAGCUCCACCCAUUUGUCAAAUUUCGCCCAGCACGGGGGGAGAUAAAUAUUUGGCCUGCCGGCCAGAAAACAUUCCUUGCCCCUGCUUUGCAUGUUACAUUGGCAGUAUGGCCUGGUUUCCUGCUCACCAAAUUAAUUAAACCAAGGAGUGGGUUUAAUUAUACCCAGGGAACUCCUUAAACAAAAGCAAGAGAUUUUCAGGAUGUGAUAUUCAUCCUAAACCAUCCUGCUAUUUCGUCACAUAAGCAACUAAUUGGUCUGUGAGGUGACACUUUGGGAAAUUUUACUUUAUUUUAAUUUUAUUUACAAGAUUUAUAUACCGCCCAUCAUCAGAAGAUCUCAGAGCGGUUCACAAGAUGAAAACACAAAACAGAAGCAAUAAAACAGUAUGGUGGCAUAACAUGUGCAAUGAACAGCAGUGUGGAAAUCCUUGCUUUAGUUUUUUCCAUAAUACCUUUUCAGCUUUCAAUGUAAUUCUUAAUGCUUUUCAUGCCUAGGUUUUCUUACGAUGGACGGUGGAAGCAAAAGCUUCAGUCAUCAGUGGACUUCCCAUUGGAAAACCUUGACUUAUCACAAUAUGUUAUUGGCCCAAAGAGUAACUUGAAGAGAUAUAACCUGUUUGCAGUAUCUGUAAGUAAUUUUGUGUAGCUAUGAAUCUUACCUGCCAGUUAAUCUGUAUAUAACAUCACCAGUUAAGCAACCAUGUGCAAUGUAGUGUUGUUUAUUAACAUUUCCCCCUUGAAGGCUUUAUUCUUUUCGGUUGCACUUGGGAGUAGUUUAUGCCUUGAUUUUUGAGUACUGGGAAGUAUUCGGGCCAAAUAACAUUUUGUGGUCCCCUAAUUUCAUUCCUGUUCUGUCUAGAAUCAUUACGGAGGGCUGGAUGGAGGACAUUACACAGCCUACUGCAAAAAUGCUGCCAAACAGCGAUGGUUUAAGUUUGAUGAUCAUGAAGUCUCGGACAUCUCUGCAUCCUCUGUGAAAUCCUCAGCUGCUUAUAUCCUCCUUUACACUUCUUUUGAACAGCGAACCGCCGAUAUAGCCACAUAAAGAAACAUUUGAAGAAUAUUGGUGUCUUUUUUGUAAAUGCAUCCAAUAAUAAGCUGAGCUGUGAUGAGUAAAAGGUCCAUUGCUGAGGAAGAAGAUGUUUGCAGCGGUUUCUCAGCUGAGGUGUCUGUUAGUGCUAUUGCUUAGUCCAAAAAUUGUUAACUCUGCUGUUUAAUAAUAUGGAACAACUAGUUUUGAAACCACUUAUUUUUAGUAAUGCUCCAAAAUGAUAAAUCUAGCUUAGCCCUUUUUAAAAGUCAUUAAUAUAUGGGUUUAAAAUGCCCCUGAACCCAACAAUAUCUUUUUUGUCUCCCACAUUUAUGCCUUUUCACACUAACCUUAAGCUUGAUUCUACUGUGAAUAUCUUAGAAUGAUGUAAACAGGUAGGAAUGUAUGUGUACAUAUUGAUUGCAAACUUGCACAUGCAAAGUAUGUAUAUAAUAAAGGUAUGUGGUCCUUUGAGAACCACUAGAACAGAAAAGGGGUUGCUUUUGUUUUGUCUAGAAUAUCUUCAUUCUUACAGAUAAGAGCACAGCUGUAUUUUUUUGUUUGAGCUACGGCAUUGAUAUCUGCACACCCUAAAAUGUAUAUAUUACAGAAUUGAUAUUUUCCUUUUUAAUAACUUAUUGAAGCAAUUAUUUGAAAAUACAAUGGCCUGUUAAAGAACUUCUUUGCCUGUUUUGGACACUUGACAUGUUUGGAUUUUCGGCUUUCCCUUAUUCCUUGUGAAAAUAAUCCCAUCUAGAUCCCAAAGAGUGGUAUUAUGAUGGGAGGGCAGGCAAUGUUGCCCUGCGUGAGCCUUACUGGGUACAACUUGAGUGGAUGAAGGCGGUCACUGCCUGCUGUCAUUAGCUCUCCUCCUGACAGGGCCAUAAUUGGUCCAGCUUAUUAUUAAUAACUUGUUUUGAGUGUCUGUCCCCCCUUUUAAGGCUUGUGGGUCUGUGUCCCUGGGUCUCAAAGGUCUGCUACAUAUAUGCUACAUAUAUGCAUUAUUCUGUAAUAAUAAUAAAAAACAACACUCCUUUAGACUCUGGCUGCCCAGGAAGACUUUAUUUAUCUAGCGGUUUGUUGCUUUCUCCGAAAGCUUACUGAAAAUGAGUUUGUGUCUGGCACCUGUCUUUUCGCUGAAGGGAGAAGCUGUUCACAAUCCCAUUUUUAAAUACCACGUUACAGCCUGAACGCAGGCAUUAGGAAAUGUGGUUCCUCUUCCUUAAGGAUGACUCGAAACCUGGCCGGCCCGGGUCAGGAAACGUUUGCUAACAGUACCACUGCAUCCUAUGUACGCGAUGGUUUUCAGUGCGUUUCCUAGCCAUUUUGGUUUUUUACCGGCACAGAGAAAGCUUGACUGCUGUAAAACAGCAGAUAAGCUGCAGACGUUUGCACAGAAGGGUCUGGGAUCUCGCUGAUCUGAGAGUCGUCAAAGUUGUACCAGCUUUGGGUGGGAGGGUGUUUGCAGUAGGCAGUGUAGUGGCCCCCAUCCAGAUCUCCAAAAUGGUUCUGCAACAAUAAUGGCAAUAAAUCAAAAGGUAACCAAAAGAGCAUUUUGUUCAUUCAUUCCAAGGAGCUAAGCCUGGUAGGCAUGGUUUCAUGACUCCCACCCCUUUCCCCUGCAACCAGCACAUUGAGAAAUUGUAAUCUGACUAUGGUCACUUAGCCAGCAGACCGGUGGCAAUUUCAACCUGUCUCCCUGAUCAUAGGCUAGAGAGAUGUGUUUUGAAGAGCCCAAAGUACCCCCAUUUCCCAGACAGUGUCAUCACCUUCUGUGGCGUUUGCCUCCUAGGAUGGGUCAUAAGGAAAGGGUUAAAAUAGGUGUGAUGUGAUUGGCCAGUGAGAAUGCAAGGGGGGGAUAAAAGUUAGAGUGGGAGGUUUUGAAAGUUAGUUGAGUUGAGAGUUGAGGUUUGGGAGUUGAAGAAGGAAGAGGGAGGUUUAGGUGUGGGUUGGUAGAGUUGUAUUGUGAGAGAGUGAGAGGAAUUGUUAGGUGGAGUCCGAUAGAUAGUUGGAAUAAUCAGUUUGGAGUUGUUAGGAACUAAGAAUAAGAAACUGUCAAGAAAAACUAACUGAAACCAUAAGCUUGUUCCUGCAUUUAAAAAUAAACUUGAUUAUUUGUUAAUGUUAACUACUUACUGGACUCCGUGUGUCCCCAUGAGAUACGGGGUGGUGGCAGCGGAAAAAGCAAUCGCAGUGGCGGCACAGGGUCAAUUGACCGUCAAACGUCCGGGGGCCCUGUGUGUGACCUUCCUAUCCCUCUCACCUUUUCUUACCAUAUCACUCUCCAG